UAUUGUCUUUGUCAGAAGUUCAUGGGAAAUGAAGAUUGGAGUAGGCAAGUUGGAAGGAGGGUCUCGGCGGUUUUCAAUUCCCAGCUGUCUUAUUUAUUUCUAAGCAAAUUAGUCGUUGAAAUGAGGUCAGCAAUUUACAAGAGGCCAUUUUUUGAAUGGUGGAGCAAAUCAUUAUUGAAUUCUUCAGAUACUCCACCGGUGCCUUCUGAAUUUUGUUGGACUUUAUCUCUGGUUAAACUUGCUUGGCCUUUUUUGGGUCUAUUUACACUCUUUUGCACGGUAUCUCUGCUUCUCCAUAAUUUAAGUACUCCAUUAGAUCUGUUGUUAGUGAAGCCGACUAUUGAAAUUACCAAGAAAGUAUUGUCGAAAAUCCAUGGUAUGGAUUACGGACUAUCCUAAUUUGGCAGUUUAGUGGAAUAUAUUUCUUUCUUCCUGGUAUCUUGGUAGCGAAUUCACACUAGACUAGAUGACUGCGGAUGAAGCCGGAAACAGAUCUGAGUGGACUAGGGAGCAAGAUAAGGCAUUCGAGAAUGCCCUUGCUACUUAUCCCGAGGACUCUUUGGAUCGGUGGAAAAAAAUUGCAGCUGAUGUACCCGGGAAAACUUUGGAAGAGAUUAAAGAACACUAUGAGCUUCUGGAGGAUGAUGUUAACCGGAUUGUAUCUGGUUGUGUGCCUCUCCCACCAUAUAAUUCUUCUUCCGAGGGUUCAGCCGGCCAUGCUGGUGAUGAAGGAACUGGUAAGAAGGGAAGCAACCAUCUAGGGCAUUGUAACAAUGAUUCAAAUCAUGGGAGUAAAAAUUCAAAGUCGGACCACGAACGCCGCAAGGGAAUUGCUUGGACGGAGGAUGAACACAGGUUAUUUCUUCUUGGUUUGGAAAAACAUGGGAAAGGUGACUGGCGAAGCAUAUCUCGGAACUUUGUGGUCACAAGAACACCAACACAAGUUGCAAGUCAUGCACAAAAAUAUUUCAUUCGAUUGAACUCCAUGAACAAAGAUAGGAGGCGAUCUAGCAUCCACGAUAUUACCAGUGUAGGCAACGGAGUCAUUUCAGCACCCCAAGGACCGAUCACUGGCCAACCAAAUGGUGCAGCAGCCAGAGUUUCAUCGGGAAAGUCAGCCAAACAGCCAUCUCAACAUCCCGCUUCACCACCUGCUGUUGGCAUAAAUGGUACUCCAACUAUAGGGCAACCAGUAGGAGGUCCCCUCGUCUCUGCAGUUGGCAGGCCAGUGAAUCUUCCUGCCUCAGCACAUAUGGGUUACGGAGUCACAGUUCCUGGUGCACCGAUGAACAUGAGUCCUGCAACAUACCCAAUGCCGCAUACAACUGCUCAUAGGUAAUACAAUGUUUAGCUGCCAAAUAGAUAAAAGGAUAGAAGCCCGCUUGUGCGGGUAUUGGGUGACUAGAUUUUCCAUUUUAGCCUGAAUAAGAUAUGCUUAUUUGCAAGCACAGGUUGUAUCUGAAUUUGUUUAGUCUCUAAAUAAGUCAUAGGGAGAGGAUUUACAUGUAUCUAUAUGUAGGCAAAUGUUAAAUGUGGCAGAUGUAUGGGUAGGGCAGAUUUUUGCAACUA